AUGCCGCUUGCUGCUGAUGUCUUGCGGCCGCCUGGCGAUGGCACUACGCCAGAUCUACAUCCUGGUGCCCUUGGAGGUGAACUUCCUGGCACCGGAGCCCCACAAGAAGAGGACGAUGAUGUCCUAGUUGAAGCGCUGGACCAUGACCUCUUCGAGGACACCUACCAAGACGAUGGCGAGAUGGACGAGCUCUAUGGCAGGGCUCCCCUACAGCGUCGACGCCUUGGACGCAACGGACCUCGUUCAGAUGAUCACGGUCCCGCUGAUGGAGAGCCUGGUGAGAAGACCCCUUCUCAAUCCGGCUCGCAGCAUGCUGGCUCGGGGAGAGAUUCUCCGAAGUCAGCCAAGUCCACGAGAUCCAAGACCUCCGUGGACGAAGCUGGACGACAUCGACCUCGAGGCAAUCUUCCGCCUCCACCGGCGUUUUCCGGUGAAGUGAAGAAGAACCCCAAAGCCUUUCGUCAUUGGCUUCAGAAGGUGGACAGCUUUGUGGAGAUCGCCAAGCACAUCAUUGGCGAUGAGGAGAUUGGCCUUCGCUUGCACUCGGCUCUUGAGGCGGACGCGGCCGAGUACUUGGAGGACAUCCCGGCCAAGACCUUUGGCGUCCCCGGCGGAUGGAGAGUGCUCAUCCAGGUGCUUCGUGAGAAGUUUGAUGAGCGCCGGAUGCACAAGGUUGGAUCAGCCAUGAAGUCGUUCUUCAAGCUCCAGGUCGACAGAAGCUGGACCCUCACCGAGCUCGUCGACCACAUGGACAAGUCGGCACGCCUUUGUCGAGAAGCAGGCCUCGCGAUCCCUGAUGAGAUCCUCGUCUACCAGUUCUUCGAGCACAGUGGAAGCUCCAUGGAACGUCAGGCGAACCUGCUCUUGAGGACCUCUGGAGACUACGACUGGAAGAAGAUGAAGACCGCGAUCGAGCUCCUCUACCCCACGACGCUGGUAUCUCAACGUCGCCAUGGUGGUGGCUUCAAGGGCUAUGGUGGCGGAAAGGGUAGGUCAGCACACGAGGCACAGGGCGUUUGGGAAGAGUCCAAUACUUCAAACGACUACAUCCAGCCCGACAUGGACAUCGAGGACUGGCUCUUCUACGAGGACCCCGUCGAGAAGCUCGCCGAUGAGGUCCCCGACUACCUGCCUGAGAACCUGGCCAGAGAGCUUCAUGAAGUCUACGCCACCCAUCGAGAGAAUCGAGCACGCCUUGCAAAAGCAGUCAAAGCCCGCGGCUUCUAUGUGAACAAGUCCAAGGGCGGCAAGAAGGGCUCGAAAGGUGGCGGCAAGUCGAAAGACAGUGGCAAGGCUGGGAAGGGCUCAGGAGGCAAGUCGAAAGGCAAAGGGUCUGGAAAGGCCCGUGGUAUGUCUCUGGAGCAGCUGAAGCAGGUCACCUCUUGCGCCGACUGUGGCGAGAUGGGCCACUGGCGAGGUGACACCCAGUGCAAGAAUCCUGCCAAGAAGGCCCACGAGACUGUGAAUGUGGACUUCGAGGACACCGAGCAGUUCGAGGCCUACCUCCAGGACUACCCGUACGACGAUUGGCAUGAAUGGGAGCCGGACACCAACGAGGCCUGGAUCACCAACAAGUACCAGACCUGGGACGAUGAGAAGGUUUCCGUCUCCAAGAAGCAGACUGCGGCUGAGGCCUUUCCCAAGUUGGACUAUGAGGAGGCCAAGCACGUGGUCAAGACGGUGAACGCCGUCAAGCGCAAAGCAUCCGAGCACGCCGGAUCCUCUGGCGAUGUUCCCCCCGAGCAGGCAGGACUGACGCCUGCGACACGUCCUCUGGAUGUGUUCACGGCCACCGCACAGGUCAAGGAGCAGAUCGAGUCCCGCAAGCUGAAGCCCGUGGCACACACCGCGACGGCGCCUGAGGCCGUUCGUGAAGCCUUCGAGAUCCUUGGAGUCACUCCACCUCCGAGGAGUGGUUCAGUCUGGGACUGCCUGUCAGCCACGGAGGAAGAGAAGACCUUCGACCUGGACUCGAUGCGCAUCUCCUACAUGGUCAGCAAGAUGGACCCGCGCUCAGUCCUGGAGGACAAGUUCAAGGUCAAGCCAACCGUGCACCCGGAGGAAGAAUCCUACCGGUUUGGACCUGGCGAGCCCCGGAUCUCGCAUGAGCGCUGGCAUGUGCCGAUUGGCAUCGGCAAGAAGAACAUGAUCAUCAAGACCUCCACGCUUGAUGACAGACCCCCGGGACAGAACAAGAUCCCAUGGCUCGCAGGACAGGAUUGGCUGCGCUUCAUGGCAGCAGUCGUGGACAUCGCCGAGCAGAAGAUCAUCCUGAAGAGCAUCGACGCUCAAGCCCCUUUGUUUACUGACCACACCGGACAUUUGGUGGUGGCAGUUGAUGAUUUUCCAAGUUUGGGCUGGCCUGAAGGAAAGGUCGCUUCGAAAGAUGAUUACGCUGGACUCCUCUGGCUCACAGGAAAAGCGUAUAUGGAGUCUGCAGCUUGGAAGGCCCCAUCGGAUCGACGCCAAAAAGCUGCUCAGCUAUGGCGGCUGCUGGUGGAGAGGCUCAUGAAGCUCUACGCGGCGCUGCAGCGAUGGGUGAAUGCGAACAAGGUGGUGCGGGAGUGCAAGUUCCGUGCACCAGCUCUCAUGGGCUACAUGGAGGCGAUCCUCGACGAGGAGACCACCUUAGCGAUGGACCUACCUCCUGCUCUACCUCCUGCUUCUACGAAGGCGAAGGGACAGACAGCCUAUGCCCUGAACCUGAAGUACCAGGAGGAGCCACACAACUGCCCACAUCUGGUGGAACAUGGUCGUCGCUAUGGAAACGCCCAUGGCAAGUUCUUGGAGUGCAUCAACUGUGGGAGCGUGUGGCGGGGCAUCGACUACACGGUGCCGAUCAGCCAGGAGACGGUGACUACGUACAAGAUCUACGUGGGCAUUCGGGACAAGCCAGGAGGCAAGGUCAUGAAGGGCGCCACAACCCGCAGAGCUUCUUCUUCAAAAUCCUCUGUCUACUCAUCUUCCUCACCUCCAACAUCUAUGGAGGCAGCCUAUGGGAUCACCUACCAACCUCCGAGACGGGCAACUACGAAGGCAGCGCCCUCGAAGCCCGAGCGUCAGAUCAAGCCCAAGAAGGAGAAGGUCAAUCCACAGGUCUACAACCUGGAGGAGUGGGACGACGCGGACAUGGUGGAGGUGACAAGCGAGGAGGACGUUCAGGAGGUGAAGCUCAAGCCUGGUCAGCAGAAGAGAAUGAAGCACAUGGCAAGACAGGCCCUAGCGACCUCCAAAUUGCAAAGAAAGCUCAUCGAGGAGCGCAUGAAGAAAGGCCGUUGGCCCCGCAAGCACUUCAAGUUCGACCUGGUGGAGGUGUUCGGUGGCACUUCGAUGGUCAGUGUGAGAGGCAGCACUAUGUGGCGGAUGAAGGUGUUGCAGCCGGUUGACAUUCGCUAUGGCUGCGACUUGAGAAAAAGGCAAGCCAGACGCUGGCUGAUGCAGAUGUUGGACAAGGCCAACCCACGCUUGGCCAUUGUGGAGUACCCAUGUACGGUUUGGAGCACCCUCAACUCCAACAUCAACUAUCAAGGUCGAGAAGAAGAACUCGCACGACUUCGAGAAGAAGACCGACCUUUUCUGAAGCUGACCGAGGACAUCUUUGCUUCGCAGGUCAGCCGCGGCGGACACGCCGUAUCAGAGAAUCCAGCAACCGCAGCAUCACAAUCUCAACCUGAGAUCCUUCGCUUGAGAGAAAGGUGGUACGAGACCACGUCAUGCUUAUGCAUGUUUGGGCUGCGAGGCAAGCGAGGCAUGCCUAUGAUGAAGAGAGUUCGCUUCAUCGCCACCCACGAGUACUUCAUCCAGGAGCUGGACCUUCAGUGCGACCACAGUCACCAGCACGAACUGGUGGAAGGUUCGAACACCCGUGACUUUGGCACGGUCACCUAUGAGGACUAUAAGGUCAAGAAUGCCAGCACAGCAUGGUUCGUCGACGUCAACAAGCAGGAGGACAAAUGGCGACCCUUGCUGCAGGAAGCUGAGGAGAUCUUGGCCAGGAAAGUGCAGAGCAGCAUCUUCGUCACACCGGAGUCCGACCUCUACCGGAAGAUCUGUGAAUUGGUGCCCUGGCAAGUGAUGAACAUUCAGCUGGCCCAUCUUCCAAAGGCCAAGCGAGUCAGGCCUGGGCUGGAAGAAUGUCAUCGAGCAUCGGUCUUGCUGCAGAACGACAACUCCAUCAUCAUCGAGACCGAGUAUUUGAAGACAGCUCAAGCACCCCGUGAACGCUUCAUCGCACCAGUUCGCGUGGGCAUCUUCAUCCUGGGCUAUGCACCCGGUGAACCACAGGCACCAAGCCCUCAGAAAGAAGGAGAGCGGCAAUACGUUGAGGCCGAACCCGGAGAAGCAGUUGGUGAAAGAAUCGAGGGCGAUCAUUUUGACGAUAAGUCCCUCGUCAAGCAGAGCUAUGGAGGCGAGACUUGGUUUGAAGGACCUCCACUCACCAACCGACAGAAGAAGCUGGCUCCAUCGAUCGUCAAGCUGCACAAGAACCUCGGGCAUCCCAGUCAGCCUGACUUCACUCGCGCCCUGGUCCAAGAAGGCAAUGUGGAGACCGAGGCCAUCGAGCUGAGCAGGAGACUGAAGUGUGCAGUCUGUGAACGGUCGAGACGACCAAAAGCACCACGUCCGACUUCCUUCAAGAUAGUCGGAUCCUUCAACUCCAAGCUGUGCAUGGACUUCGUCUAUGUGCCGGACGCUGAGGGGAACAACUACCAGUUCCUCCACAUCUUGGAGCCCAAUGGAUCCUUCAACGUCUUCUACCCCAGUGCUACACGCAAUCCUGGAGACGUGUGGGAUUUGUUUUGUUUGCUGUGGGCUAGCUGGGCAGGCUUCCCACAGACCUUGUGGCGCGAUAAAGACGGCGCCUUUGAGGGUGAGUUCCUUGAAAGGAUCAGGUCAAUGGGCACCCUGGUUGACAAUCCUCCAGCAGAAGCUCAUUGGCAAGCCGGACAAGUUGAGGCCUACAACCGCGCCUUCAAGGACACCGCUCAGAAACUGGUGGACGAAAUGGUCCUCCGAGGCGAUCGAGAUAUGAGAACUCUCGGCUGCGCUGUCGCCGCCGCAAUGAAUGACCGCAUCCGGCCAUCAGGAUGCUCGGCCUAUCAGUGGCUCUUUGGCAAGAGUCCUCAAAUACCCGAGGACGUCCUCUCCCCGGACGGCAAGUUCGAAGCGCUACAGGCCAUGGAGCUGGACGAAGAGCUGCGGAGAAGGAAUAGGAUUCGAGCAAUGGCAGAUGAGAAGAUCUCUGCCUACCGGCUUAACGAAGCCGUGCGGACAGCCAUACUCCGCAAGUCUCAUCCAAUGAAGGAUGACUACGAGCCUGGCGAACUCGAACUACAAGACAAUCCUCCGCAGCAGUACUUGGACCUUCGCACGGACGAGCUGCCGCCGGUGCCGGAGGAUGAUGAUGAAGACCUGGAUCAGGUCCCGCUCUUCCCGGACAAGAAGGAGGAGGAACGAUUGGAAGAAGAGCUUGGUGAAGGACCACCUGGAGAAGCAAGUUCACCUGCCGCUGACGCAAUGGACAUCUUGGCGGAGCAAGAAGCGGCAGAAGCUGAAGACCCUACAGCUACGGCCUCAGACAUGACAACACUACCAACCCAUCCAAGCACGAGAGCGCCUGGAACUCCGGUUGGACAGCUAUGGCCACAGACACCACAAAAGAAGAUGAGGACUACACCUUCGCACUCAGCACCUUCCGAGGCCGCCCCAUCGGCAGCCACGGACCUCGCCAUGGAACAGAACCCCGCAGUACCGGAACCUUCCUCUGCCAUGGUCACCAACGUCGGCAAGGACUUCUGGCACGCAGACCACAAACGUGGGAUUUUGGUACGCCACCAUCUACAACCACGUCGAGCUCUAUACGAUCCUGGUCGAGCUCACGAUCUACCAGUACGCCUGGACAAGAUCUCGAGAUUGAGGACCACGGUGAUGUUCCUCGACUCCGGACGCAAGAUGGUGAGAGACACAUGGGUGUCACCAAACUCCAACACGCCCAUGGACAAGAAGUGGACCGGCAAGACGAUCUUCAAGAUCUUGGUGCGGUCCGCUAUGGAAGCCCAUGCCGAGUGGCAAAACCCAGAGCGCAUGUCCCGGAAGGACCGGAAGGCCCUGGAGAAGGACUUGAUCACCCUCGGCUUUGUGCAGUCCACGCUCGACAAGGCCCUCUUCAUGUACUACGAGGACCACCAGCUCAUCUUGGCGCUGGGAGCACACGUCGAUGAUUUGAUAUGCGCUGGAUGCCCAAAGCGAGCGGACAACAUCCUCAACAAGGUGAAGACCACGUUUGACUUCGGGGACUGGCACGACUCCCGCCAGGAGAACAAGAUGGUCUACGGUGGCAAAGAGAUCAUCGUGCGCAAUGACGGCAGCGUCACCCUGGGUCAGGAAUCUUUCAUCCGGGCACUGACCUUGACACCAGUGCCGAAGUGGCGAAGGAUCAUGAAGGACUCCACCUUGACAGCCACCGAGGUCACGGAGAUGAAAUCAGGUGGCGGAUGUUUGCAUUGGCUCAUCGCCCAGACGAGGCCAGAUCUCGCUGCAGGUACCUUGCUGGCUAUGAGCGGAAGCCCUACUGUCACGAACCUGCUUGAGGUGAACAAGCUCCUGCAAGAGGCGAUCCGGUCCCAAGACUGGAAGCUCAAGUUCGUGCCGAUCCCACUCGAACAGGCACGCAUCAUCGCCUUCAGUGAUGCCUCAUGGGCGAACACGGAGGAGCUGAAAUCCCAAUUUGGUGGAGUGGAAAUCCCACAAGAUUCGGCGCCGCUGCCGAUCGACCCUGGCCGCAGAGACUAUGUCCCUUGA